UAUAAUUCUAGAGUGAUCCACGAUCAGGGCCAUCUUUGGUUGUCCUCGCCGGUGACAGUGUGGACAGUACAUUUAUUGGUCAUUGAUGCCUAAUGAUUAAUAAAUAACAUUUCACUUUGGACGAGCCUUUAACUACUUGGGCUAAAACAAAAGAGCAAAAUCCUGGUUUCUGGAUCCUGUGGCAGUCUUUCCAUCAGUACCCUUCAUUUCUUACAGCAAAAAGAGGGCGAGACGGGAGAGGCGGUGAUACAACAUGGAUGAGGAAUAUGAUGUGAUCGUUUUGGGCACUGGACUCACAGAAUGCAUUCUCUCUGGGAUCAUGUCUGUGAAUGGGAAAAAGGUCCUGCACAUGGACAGAAAUCCCUACUAUGGUGGCGAGAGCUCUUCCAUCACCCCCCUGGAGGAGCUUUACAAGCGCUUCACUCUUCCAGAUAGCCCACCUGAGUCAAUGGGCAGAGGAAGAGACUGGAAUGUUGACCUCAUCCCCAAGUUUCUUAUGGCAAAUGGUCAGCUUGUGAAGAUGCUGCUGUACACAGAAGUGACACGAUACUUGGACUUUAAAGUAGUGGAGGGAAGCUUCGUCUAUAAAGGAACAAAAAUCUUCAAGGUGCCAUCAACUGAAACUGAGGCACUAGCUUCAAACUUGAUGGGAAUGUUUGAGAAGCGAAGGUUUCGGAAGUUUUUAGUGUUUGUGGCUAACUUCGAUGAGAAUGACCCCAAAACUUUUGAGGGCGUGGACCCAAAAACUACAACAAUGAGGGAUGUUUACAAGAAGUUUGACCUCGGCCAGGAUGUGAUUGAUUUCACUGGCCACGCCCUGGCCCUCUACAGGACAGAUGAGUACCUUGACCAUGCCUGUUUGGACACCAUCAAUCGCAUCAAGCUGUACAGUGAAUCUCUGGCACGGUAUGGCAAGAGUCCCUACCUCUACCCCCUGUAUGGUCUAGGAGAGCUGCCACAGGGAUUUGCUAGGUUGAGUGCAAUCUACGGUGGAACCUACAUGCUGAACAAACCAGUAGAUGAGAUAGUGAUGGAAGGUGGCCGCGUGAUCGGAGUGAAGUCUGAGGGCGAGCUGGCUCGUUGUAAGCAGCUCAUCUGUGACCCCAGCUACAUUCCUGACCGUGUUCGCAAGGCGGGCCAGGUGAUCCGUGUGAUCUGCAUCCUCAGUCACCCCAUCAAAAACACUAAUGACGCAAACUCCUGCCAGAUCAUCAUUCCUCAGAAUCAGGUUAACCGCAACUCAGACAUCUACGUGUGCAUGAUCUCCUAUGCUCACAAUGUGGCAGCCCAGGGGAAGUACAUUGCCAUUGUCAGCACCACAGUGGAAACCAGCUCGCCAGAGACUGAGAUAGAGCCAGCCCUGGAGCUCCUGGAGCCCAUUGACCAAAAGUUUGUGGCUAUUAGUGACCUUUAUGAGCCCACAGAUGAUGGCACUGAAAGCCAGAUCUUUGCCUCGAGGUCCUACGAUGCCACCACUCACUUCGAGACCACUUGUAACGACAUCAAGGACAUCUACAAACGUAUGACUGGGAGCGACUUUGACUUUGAGAACAUGAAACGCAAACAGAACGAUGUGUUUGGGGAGGAUGAGCAGUGAGAGGUCGAGGGGGGGCUUUCCGAGAGAGGGUGGGGCCAUGGGGAGGAGGCGGGGCUAAAAAGGGCAAAAGACAUGGAAGAGCCCUAGUGGUAACAGGCCGGGGUUGCCUGAAUAGGGCUUUAAAAAUCAUGACGGGGAGGUGUGGGGGUCAGCGUGAGCGUGGCGGAGGGUGUGUUUGCUUGGCUCCGCCCACCCUAAGCCGUUUGCCUCCUUCUCCUUAUGUCCCUCUCUCUCUUGACACAUGGUCAGACACAUAAAAACGCUCACAAACACACACAUACACGCUGUUGAAAUACUCACACUCCCUAUCUCUGUCACAGAAAAGCAGGGUUGAUAAGGUCUUUCAUUCCAUUGUAGAAACUAUAAUCAUGUCUUAACUAUUAUCAUUAGAGGUGAAUUUAUCACUCGUCGUUGCCGAUUUUCAAAGCAUUUCAUUCUUUCUGUAGCGUUUCUCUCCUCAUAUCAGAGUUUGAGUGGUUUGAGGAAGAUCAGCGGCUUUUGAAGGUGUGAUUUUCAAGCUCUGACUUGAGAGACCUGUAAUGGCUUAGUGUAGAAUCCUCUGGAAGGGUCACCUCCAGUUAACAUGCAUGCAUCUUUUACACACAGUAGUAUUGUACAUAGAAACCAAUGGCACUGCGGUAUGAAGGCUGGACCAUUCCACGCAUCGCUCCUGUCAACCCUGCUUUCACUUUUCUCUUACUUGGUCUUUUACCUGUGUUACUUCAAUAGACGCCGCUCCUUUUGGCAAAAUCUGUUGGUCAGGCAAAAAUGUGAUGAGAAGUUCCGUAUAAAUGGGCUGUUCUGUCAACUGAUAGUGCUCACUUUGCAAUGCUGUUGUGUUCCCUGUGCUAGCAGGCAAGCUAACCAGUGGCUAUUAACUGUCACCCCCGCCCAGAACUGUUCCUUCGUUUAUUUCUGUCGCGUUAUGUCAGGUUUUGACUUUGGAUAGUUUACUUUCUAACAUUUUAAAUUAUUGAAGAGUUUUAUUUCUAUAUAUUUGGUGCACAUUUCACUGGCUGAAGUUAUGAAGUUUACAGAAAUGUGGUUGAAACUGUGGUCUUCAUGUAGGCUUGAAUAUUAAAAAAGGGAAUGUGUGAAGCAAAAGAGGCACGGAGAGGGUUGGUCUAGUGUUAAGCAAGGACUUAUGAAGUAUUUGAAGCGAAUGAUAAUAACCGUUUAUUACAAAUUGUUAUUGUUGAAAGGAGUUGUGUAACAGAGGAGAGAAUGUAUGUGGGGGAUGUUUUGGUUUUGACAAUAGGGAAGUGUCGCUUUUGUGUGAUGAGGGUGAAGACUGAAUUUUCGGCUCAGAGUGAAAGCACCAGAUUGUGUCUCGGUUGUUUCAACCCUUGUAUAUGUCACUGAGAUAAGUCAUUCCCUUAGGGACUAAAUUCAUAAAAAAAUGUAGUUGUUAAAUAGAAGGAAAAGGUGGAAACUCAAAGUGUCUGUAGCAUAGCAAACGUACGAAGCCACAGUUCCAAGUGCCGCCCCUCGUGAACGAACCAAGAUGCUUUUAUUUGGUUGUAGCCUUAAUUUGGGGUCUUAUUUAAAGGUUUGGGUUUGGGCCUCUCACAAAAAUCUACUGCUUUGUUUUAUCUAACUGUUGCAGAUCAAUCUUGUGCCAAAAAUAGUUUUGCUGUUAUUGGCGAAAAAAUACUGACAUCUAAAAAGUUCUUGCUCAAUAGGUUCCUCAAGAGAGGUGACUGAAUACUGUCGAAGGGAUACUGUUUUCUACCAAAUCGGGGCUGCUGUUAUAAAUCAGUCAUGGUGUCAUUCAUAUCUCACAUUUACUGUCAGACUGAUCUGUGGCUUUGCUUGUUACACACCAACAACAAACAAAUGAGACACUCCAAUUUGUUCCUUUAAAAAAACUUAAGCAA